GUGCUGUGGGUGACUGCGGAAGUGCUGAGAGUGCUCUGCUGUUGGCUGCUUGCCUUCCAUCAAAGUGCGUUGUUGUUCAAUCAGCCUGAGGAAGUCUGUUAUCCGAGUUUCGAGUGUGUUCAGUGCAAGCCGUCGCCGUACCGAGCGACGCAAGUGGUCAGAAUCUCCUCGUCGUCAUCGUCGGGUCGGUUGCGAGUGUGAAGAUCAUCGCGAGCGAGUGAUCAUCGUUCCUUCGGAAAUUCCCUCGGAAAUUUCCCGCUAGCGACGUCGUCGUCGGUAUCGCUGCCGCGUUCAACGUACGACCGCGCAAACCUCAAGUCGUGAGCCUCGUUCGAACGAACAGCGGCCACGACAGCAGCUCGAAUCCAUUAUUCUCCUACCACGAACGUAGUCGUUGUCGCCAACCAGCCAGCCAGCAAGUCGUCGUCGGCCCGUUGAGCAGCCAGCGAGAGACACGAGACAGCGGCCGCCUACAGAAAAAGCAAGCGAGUUAGCAGCAUGGCCGACCAACUCACCGAGGAACAGAUUGCCGAAUUCAAAGAGGCUUUCAGUCUCUUCGACAAGGACGGUGAUGGCACCAUUACGACGAAAGAACUAGGCACGGUUAUGCGGUCGCUCGGCCAAAAUCCCACCGAGGCCGAGCUGCAGGACAUGAUCAACGAGGUCGAUGCCGACGGUUCCGGGACGAUAGAUUUCCCCGAGUUCCUGACGAUGAUGGCGCGUAAAAUGAAGGAUACCGAUUCCGAGGAGGAAAUCCGGGAGGCAUUCAGAGUAUUCGACAAAGACGGCAACGGAUUCAUCUCGGCCGCCGAGCUUAGGCACGUUAUGACCAAUCUGGGCGAGAAGCUCACCGACGAGGAGGUCGACGAGAUGAUUCGAGAAGCCGAUAUCGACGGGGACGGUCAAGUGAAUUACGAGGAGUUCGUCACAAUGAUGACUUCGAAGUAAAUCGCGGUAGCAUCAGCAGCGGCAGUAGCAGCAAACGUUUCGGCGCACUCAGAACCUCUCGGCUGAGAACCUCAAAUUCAAGGCGCGGCGAGAUUCCACCGAUGCAUGGCUGCAGUGCAGGUGUUGACUCCGUCGCUGGCUGCCACUGUCGCCACCGCUGCAGCUGCUGCUGCUCCUUCUACUGCUGUCGGCGAUGAUGAUGAUGGUGAUGAUGAUGAUUCUACUGAGGAUUCCGAUUUUGAGGUUGACGACGAAGAUGACGACAAUAUCAACACUGUAGUUGCUGAAUGCCUGUGUACUGAGGUGGACGGAGGUUUAGGUAAUAUAAUCCUUCCGCGAGGAGACCACCACCAUUAUCACCACCGACAAUGGCAAAAUGGCAACAACAGAAAACAACAUCAACAACACUACCACCACCAUCUGCAACAUGAUUGUCGUCUAUGAACGCUAUGAUCUUAGGUAAAGGAGAAUCCUCGAUUUCUAUCUUUUAUUUCGAUUACUAUCCUAACUCUGAUUAUUUCUCUGGAAAAGCAAAGCGGAAUGCGCGGAUAAUGUGGUGAAGCCGAAGCCGAUAGUGGCAAGGAGGAGGCUGAUGAUGAUGAUUAUCACGAUGACCGUCAAUGUGACGUCUACUGUUAAAAAUGACGUCUGGAUAAGAUUCAUCAACCACCGUAUUCGGAAGUACAGUGGUCAUUAAAAUCGCCUCUCCUCCGUCGGCGGAGGAAGAAGAGCGAAGCAUGAGGAACGAUGACUCGAAAGGAAUUGAGCCUGUCCUGAACCCGGUGUCAAGAGUGGAGUCGUUUUUCGAAUAUAUAUAAGGGUCACUCACAUGCAGGCUUCUCGCUUCAUUUUUUCACUGAGAUAUAUGAACCCCUCCCGGGUCCUGAUGAUUGCAAUGAUAUUUGCUAGGCCGACAAAAAUUCCAUAACACUUUCGGGAUCACAGCGGACUAACCCAGUCGACCUUCCUCGCCGCUUACCUCAGUCCGACGCGUGAUCAGAUCAAAAUUGUCGUCUCUUGACUCGAGCGUCCUGGACAUGAAAUUGAGUGCAACUGAUUCGUAUUGAGGAAGCGCUUGUGAAUGGUGCGAAGGAGAAUGCUGGAAGAAUCUCCGAUGGACUCUGGUCGACUUGACAGAAGUCCUCACGGCUGAUGGAGUCGCUGAUGAUCCUUUACGCCCUUCUGACUGAAUAUUCUUCAAGUUGGCAUUCAAUCAAGCUCUUCAUUUGAUCAGUCAUCGAUAAUCAUGUCGUAUGUGAAAUAGCGCCGCAUAGAACGAUCGUAAAGAGGAUUCGGAAGAGCUCUUGUUGUCGCGGCACGUCGUCCAACGAUGACGACGACGUCGACGGUUGACGCUGCUGCUUCUAUUCCAUGAUCUACUCGCCCCGGUCUGAAAGAAAAUUGUAUAAAGCGGGCUGCCCUUAGCUGUUCGGCCUGUAGAGACUAAUCCUCGUUGCUGCUGCU